AUGUCGAUAACGAGAAUUGUUGGAAAUAAUUUUCUUAACGUUUUCAGAAGAACUAUUACAACUUCCGGUUUUUGUAGAACAGAAGAUAAAGAAUCAGAAACGGAAGAAAAAAAACUUAACCCAAAAGAUAGAUCUAAAGUAAUAAGCGUUGAAACUAGUAUAGCAUAUUUAAAAAGUGAUGCUUAUGGUGAAGAUUUUGUAUGGAAGCAUUACAGAAGAAAUUUCAAAGGACACUUACCGCCUCGUACUAGAAAAACAUGUAUUAGAAAAAAUGUAAUAUCAACCGGAAGUCCUUGUCCUAUAUGCAGGGAUGAAUAUUUGGUGGUCGAUUAUCAAAAUAUUGAAUUACUAAAACAUUUUAUUUCACCUGAUAAUGGAACAAUAUUUGAAUCUAAAAAAACUGGAGUUUGCCAAGUUCAACACUACAAAAUUAAAUUAGCAAUUUUAAAAGCUCAAAAUUAUGGUUUAUUAAGUUAUGAAGUUCCCUUUAGAAAAUAUGAUUAUGAUUAUUAUCAAGAUACAAUUAGUGAAUCGGCAAACAAUUAA